AGAAGAAGAAGCGGCGCGAAGUCAGCGCGUGUGCCUUUCCAGUUACAUUUACCAUUUACCAUUCACCGUUUACAUUUACUGAGUUUGCCUGUCUGCCAGUGGCUUCCAGAGCUCGUUAUCUCGCUCGCUCGCCCGCCCUCGCUGUCACUCUCGCUAUUGCUCUGUCCCUCUCCGUGUCCCCUUUCUCGAACUGCCAAUUGCCUAAUGUGGAUUGCAGAUUGUCGCCUGGCGUCCGAGUUCUGAGCAACCAGUGGGAGAGUGGAUGCGGCGGCCAUCGCAAUUUUCGCUUCCUUAACGUUCCUCAGACACUGCGUGUUGUGGAUCGUCACUCAGUGCUUUUCAUCGUCAUCGCCAUUGACAUCGUCAUCGCUAUCGUCAUCGCCAUCGUCAUCAAUUGCGUCCGUUACUGUGGCAUUAACAGCUUCAAUUGCGGGUGUUUGGGCCAUUGGGUCGGUAACAUCAUCAAAAUAUCUUCAUUCGAAGAGGAUUAUCGGGCUGACAGGCCCAUGGUGCAGCGAGCAUCCUCCUCAGAUGCUCCCUCCAUUCAGGGUGGCCAACAUCGAGAAUCUCGAUUUGGCCUUGGAUAUACAUCAUACCAAAGCGGAUACAAUAAGCUAUUCACACAGGGUUCUGCCGACUCGAACUACUCACAACCGUCAUCCGAUCUGUCGCUAGACGAGGAAAAGGAAUCGCUUCGGCGAGAAAAGGAACGUCAGGCCUUAAGCCAGUUGGAUAAAGCGAGGAGUAAACCUGUAGCGUUCGCUGUGCGAACCAACGUAGCAUAUGAUGGCACAAUCGACGACGAUUCGCCCGUGCAGGGCGGUGCAGUUUCAUUUGAGAUCCGGGAGUUUUUGCACAUCAAGGAGAAGUAUGACAAUAACUGGUGGAUCGGCAGACUGGUUAAGGAAGGCUGUGAUGUGGGCUUCAUACCCAGCCCCGCUAAGCUAGACAACAUUCGUAUGCAGAAUCAAACUAGACCCUCAAGACUGUACGGCACAAAGGGCUCCUCAAGCGGCAAUCUAGGUGCGGGACAAGCAGGUGCGGAGCCAUCACGAGGUAGCACACCCCCCACACCUGGUGACGAAUCAGAUUCCAUGGGACCAGGACGUCAUGGCAAGACACCGUUAGCAACGCCGCCCAACAAGGAGAAGCGCAAGCCAUUUUUCAAGAAACAGGAGACAGCCAGCCCGUACGAUGUGGUGCCAUCGAUGCGUCCUGUUGUUUUAGUGGGUCCAAGCCUUAAGGGUUACGAGGUAACCGACAUGAUGCAAAAGGCGCUGUUUGAUUUCCUCAAGCAUCGCUUCGAAGGACGCAUCAUCAUCACGCGCGUCAUGGCCGAUAUAUCACUAGCGAAACGCUCGAUCAUGAACAAUCCAUCAAAGCGUGCCAUCAUGGAGCGUUCCAGCAGUCGGUCGGAUUGUCUGGGCAAGGUCCAAGAGGAGAUCGAGCGCAUCUUUGAGCUGGCCCGUUCCCUGCAGCUGGUCGUACUCGAUUGUGAUACAAUCAAUCAUCCGUCACAAUUAGCAAAAACUUCAUUAGCGCCAACAAUAGUUUACUUAAAGAUUAGUAGUAGUAAGGUUUUACAGCGUUUAAUCAAAUCACGUGGCAAAUCACAAGCUAAAAACUUAUCCGUACAAAUGGUUGCCGCUGAAAAAUUAGCCCAAUGUCCACCCGAAAUGUUCGAUGUAAUUUUAGACGAGAACCAAUUGGAAGAUGCCUGCGAGCACAUAGCUGAAUACUUGGAGACAUAUUGGAAAGCCACGCAUCCAGAUAUACGCGCUGGGUCCACCGUACCGGCCAUUGCCAGGCCGAUACCGUCCCAGGAGGUGUCGGCAUCGCCCUCUGCCGAUCCAGCGCGCUUGGGUCCAACACCACCAGUAGAUGGCGAGGAGUUUGAAGAGCACGAGCCACGAAUGGCGAGUGUCGAACGUGAGGGUAGUCGGGAUCGGGAUCGGGAACGGGAGCGAGAGCGUGGCAGUAGGGAAAGGGAACGGGACAAUGAACGCGACUACUGGGACAGGGAGUUCAACAGAGAUCGCAGUUCGAAAGACAGAGAGCGGGACAUGGAGUGGGAGCGCGAGAGAGCACGCGAAUGGGAAAGAGAGCGAGAAAGGGAUUGGGAUAGAGAGUUCGAUUGGGACCAAGGAGGUGCCUCUUAUCAUCACAGUCGUCGUCAGGUCUCUGGGCGACAUCAGGAGCGCGGCAGCGGAGGUGUCGGAGUCGGCCAUGCCGCUGGCUACGAGCGCGACAGAGAGCGAUACGAGCGACAGGAACGGGAGCGACUGCACGCCAGGGAUCGAGAUCUGAUGCACUACGAUCUGAACAGCGAUGAGAUGCUGGACGAGCGCAACUUUGAGUAUCCGGCAAUGCGCAGCGGGCCGAGCGGCGCCUCCCACCAUGGCCACCUGUCGCGUGGCGGUCGACUGCUGGAUGAUACAGACUUUGAGCGCGACGAUAGAUUGUUGGGCAGCUCAAGGUCACGCUAUGGACCCGGACCAUCCACACGCAUCGACGAUCCGCGGGACAUGGCGCGAGCAGCCACUGUGGUCGAUCGCGAUCGCGAUGAAUACAGUCCGCACAGAGGUGGUGGAAGUAGUAGGAGAAUGCUGAAUGCCAUGUAGGAAUCGUGGAUAUAGGGGUGGGAUCAGAUCGAUUCGAAAGCGCCAGGUUUGAUGGAAGCACGUGACAAUAGUUUUGAUCUUGACAUGAUACACAAACCGAAACCCAAACCCAAACCGCUGCUCCGACAGCAAUCACAAUCCCACUAUCAGCCUCAAAGUCAAACUCCGGCUCAGCCUCAGCUUCAGCAUCCAUCUCAAUCUCUAACUCAGUCGCAUCAGGCGCAUCCUUCGCAGCAUUCAUUCCUGGCCAGGCAGCGCAGCGGCGGCCAGUGGCUGUCAUCCCCGUCGUUCUCCCUGUCGCAAGCCUCGAUCGGUCAGCCAAGGCCCAGCGAACACUUUCCGUUGCGACACCAGCCACUGUCCUACCCGCAGGCACGACCACACAGCCAGAGCCAGUAUCAACACCCGCACUCGUACACUUCCAGUCGCACACAGUCCCACACAUCCCUAUCGACGCGCUCCCAACUCUAUCCCAGCGAUACGUUCCAAAGCACCUCAUUUAGUCACCCGCCGUGCAGCGACAGCGACGUCCAUCGAAACCGAAACAGAAACAGACCAAAAAGUACAGCCGCGGAAUAUGAUUGGAGAUCGUCAUCCUUCUCGCAAAUCGAUGCAGUCACCCACGCAAUACGUAAUAAGAUUAUUGUUGAGGAGGACGAAGAGGAUAUACUGACCCCAGAUAGGUUUUAUUGAAGAGAUUUAGCGAGGCACCAGGCACAAAACAACUGAUAUUUUGAAUGGAAGGGGGCAUUGCACAAUAUGUUUACGUAGUAGAACUUCCCUAAAAAUUUAGUAAGAUCAAUUUUGAAAUGAACCGUAUAUAUACAUAUAUAUGUAUGUAUAUAUACCGAUAUCCAUUCACACGUAGAGCAUACUUAUUUCAGUGCCAAAACACAUUUGUACAUUUCCAUCGGGAGGCGGGAUACGGGAUACGGGAGAGACCCAUUCGAAUUUCCUAGCGGAAAUCGUCGGGAUGGAAAUACUUACAUAAUUUAUGAUGAAUAGCACAAUGCUAAGUACAGCCUUAUGUGUCUUAAAUACUAUAUGUAGCUAAGUGAGAUGAGAUUUUAUUUAGCAAACCGUAUAUGUAUAUGUAUGUAUAUGUAUAUAUAUAUAUAUGUUAUAUAUGUAUAUAUUUAUAUACAUAUAUAUAUAUAUAAAUGAAAUAAUUGAGAAUUAAGCAUAAGAUUUACACCUAAACAUUUGUUGAUGCAUUUCGCCACAACAAUUUUUGAGGGGAGGGAGGGAAUGUAUAGUGGGAGGGAAUCAUCAUAGUAGUUAUAUAUUAUAUAUAUAUAUAAACACAUACACAGACAUAUAUAUAUAUAUACAUAUGUAUAUAUAUUUUUAUGCAAGAAAAAGAUAAACUAAGUGGCAGCUUUAAUAAUUUAGUGAACAUACUACUAUAUAAUAAUCUCUAAGUGCAGAAGAAGGAAAGAGAGGCACACACACACACACACACACACACGCAUCACAACAAAGCAAAUCGAAUGAAAUCUCUUUGAUAAAACAAAUCUGAAUUUGCUGAAAUGUCUGCGAAAUGUCUGUAAAUUCUACGCUAAAUCUACGCUCUUCGUAAUCUGUAUCGAAGUCCACUUCCUAUAAUUCAAGUUGAUCUUCUCUAACUUAGCUCUUUACUUAGUUAUUGUUAUUGUAAUCUCCUCUCGCUUCUUUUUCUUACAAUCUUUCCAGCUUUAGUUAGUUGCUUGAGUACAGCAAUUACUAUACUACCAGUGCCUUAACAAAAAGAAAACCAUUCAAACAAAAAAAAAACACUAAUAGAAACACUAUAUUAUAUAUUGCACUUGAGCAUUUGAUUUUUGUUAUAUACAUAUUUGGUUUUCAUCAUAUUAGAGCUUGUAUUCCCCAUUGCCCUCGCUGCUUAUUACGUUCUUUGCGUGCUUGGCGAUUCGUUGCGAUUCAAUCAUUAGCCAUUAUACUAUUAUGGAGAAACUAUUGUAAGUAUGUUUCUUGAUCUGGCCCAUUCCAAACGAGCACUCUUUAUACAAUUCCAACCACCUGUACGAAUUGAUCAAAGGUUUUCAACAAUUUCAACACUGAAUUCAAAUCGAUCGCGACUUUAAUGGGAGUUCAAAACUCCCCUGAACCUCCAGUGUUAGCUUGUUUAGCGCUAAGUAGCCUUACCUUCCACACCUGUAACUAAGACCAUUUGGCAAGCUACCUUUACGAAAGCCUCGCAAUAGAUUGUGCUUGAAGGACGGGGGGUAGGGACAACCUGACGACAGGCGAAUUAUUGAUUGAUCACUGCACUCCCUAUAAAAUUAAGUGAGAAUAUGGCAAAAGGGCGACUUCUUGUACUAAAAUAAAAAAUAAUGUAAAAUUCUGGUCUCAA